AUGGGGGACCUCAGAUCACGAGGAACCAGUUUCUCUAGGCAUUGUUUCCCACCUUUUCUGAUUGGCAGCAAUGAGAGCAGGCAGCAAACAGCUGAUCUGUCCAAGAAUGCUCGGAGCAAAAUGACUAAGCCGUCAAGGGGCCUUGCUGCUUCAAGUAUAAAGCCAAGUAGUAAUACAAGAAUGGAGACUGAAGCAUCACAGAACGGCAACAAUGAGAGCAGACAGCACACAGCUAAUCUGUUAAAGAAUGCUAGGAGGAAAAUGACUAAGUUGUCAGGGGGCCUUGCUGCUUCAAGUAUAAAGCCAAGUAAAGAUACAGAAGUGGUGCAGGGUGGGAGGACACACCAAAAGGAUCCAAAAUUACCCAAGUCGUCAAGGGGCUCUGCUUCUUCAAGUAUAAAGGCAAAUAGUAAAACAGAACUGGUGCAGGGUGGGAGGAGGACACAUCAAAAGGAUCCAAAAUCAACUCUUCAAGAUCCUCUAUACAAAGAGCAAGAAUUAAAAGCUGCACUUGCGGUGAUUAGGAAAGUUAUGAAAAUGGAUGCUGCCCAGCCCUUCAAUCUUCCAGUGGAUCCUAUCGCACUGGGAAUACCUGAUUAUUUUGAUGUCAUUGAUACACCUAUGGAUUUUGGUACAAUAUGUAAGAAUCUUGAAAAUGGUGUGAGGUACAAGAAUUCAAAGGAUGUCUUCAGGGAUGUGCAAUAUAUUUGGGAUAACUGUUCUAAGUAUAAUGGUGAAGGUCAUCAUAUUUCGGGGCUUAUGAAGCGGGUGAAGAAAAACUUAACAAAAUAUUGGACAGAAGCUGGGUUGUACAAAGAACAACCACAGGAGAUACAUGGAUAUUCAGAUGUAGCUCCAAUGGAGUCUACUAUGAGGUGCAGCACACAUGGGCACAGUAGCCUUGUAGGCCCUAUUAUUGACUACCCCAGACACCAGCAGCAGCAUCAGAUGGACCUGAGCCAACAUCAGCCCUAUCACCCUUCACAGAGUUACAUCAUGUCAUAUCAGCAGCAGCAAAUGCCUUGUCAGCACCAGUGCCAGUGCCAGCUGAGAUCUGGAGAGCAGCAGACUUCCCAUCUACAGGCUGGUAGAAAUGUUGGUAGUGCAGGUAUGCUUUGUUUUCAGGUUCAGUUGGGUUGA